GGGAGUCAAAACGGAGAACCAUGAGCAGCGACUGGCCGCCUCCCGCGGCUGCGCAGCUCUGCUAUGAGCACCUGAACGGAUCCUGUGUCAAAACCCCCUACUCACCCGGCCCCCGCCUGAUCCUGUACGCUGCGUUCGGCUCUGGAGCUGCCCUGGCUGUGUUUGGAAACCUCUUGGUGAUGAUUUCAAUUCUCCACUUCAAGCAGCUGCAUUCUCCAGCCAAUUUUUUGAUCGCCUCCCUGGCCUGUGCGGACUUCUUGGUGGGGGUGGCUGUGAUGCCCUUCAGCACAGUGAGGUCCGUGGAGGGCUGCUGGUACUUUGGGCAGAGCUUCUGUCAGUUUCACUCCUGUUUUGACGGGUCGUUCUGUUAUGCUUCCAUCUACCACCUGUGCUUUAUCUCUCUCGACAGGUACCUGGCGGUCACUGACCCCCUGCUCUAUCCCACCAGGUUCACUGCCAAUGUUUCUGGCCUGUGUAUUGCCUUCUCCUGGCUUUUUUCCAUUUUUUAUUCUUUUUCCCUUUUUGGCACAGGUGCGAAUGAAGCUGGGCUGGAGGAUCUAGUAAGUGCUCUCACCUGUGUGGGUGGCUGUCAAAUUGCAGUGAAUCAAAGUUGGGUAUUGGUCAAUUUCCUAUUAUUUUUCCUUCCCAUGCUUGUGAUGAUAAUUGUGUACUCCAAGAUCUUCCUCAUUGCCAAACAACAGGCAAGAAAAAUUGAAAGUGUGAGCAAUAAGACUGUGAGAUCCUCAGACAGUUACAGAGACAGAGUGGCCAAGAGGGAGAGAAAAGCAGCAAAAACGCUGGGCAUUGCAGUGGUAGCAUUUCUGAUUUCCUGGCUGCCAUACUUUGUGGAUUCAAUAAUUGAUGCCUUCCUGGGCUUCAUCACCCCCACAUACAUUUAUGAAAUAUUGGUUUGGAUUGCUUAUUUUAACUCAGCUAUGAACCCCUUAAUUUAUGCUUUCUUUUAUCCUUGGUUUCGAAAAGCCAUUAAAUUAAUUGUCACUGGCAAAGCCUUGAGAGAGAAUUCUUCAACAAUACAUUUACUUUCUGGCUAA